AUGCGUAGUGUCUUUCUGGUGAAGUGGAAGCGCAACGAGCUAAGGUGCUCUAAUGCGAUUCUGGUCGAUGAUCAGUGCCGCUCGACAAUGGAUCUUCAAAGCGAUGGUCAAACGGCAUCAACUAGUAGCAUUUGCGAAGAAUUAGUUGAAUCCUUUUACGAUUAUUUGUUCGAAUCGGUCCUACUUGUGCCUGUCUUCAAAGUGCAUCGCAUUGCUAAAAUCGCGAAAACAUUGGGACCAGCCGCACCUGUGUUAACUGAGGAACAACCACCAUCACAAGUAGAAGAGUUCGAUAUAUUUGGAAAUGCGAAUAUAUCACAGACAAAGCCACAAAAGAAUAUGGAAGUGUAUUGUGAUGAAUGUAAGCGUACAAUCGCUGCAAGUCGUUUUGCGCCACACUUAGAGAAAUGUAUGGGUAUGGGUCGUAACAGUUCACGGGUAGCGAGACGUCGUUUGGCCAACUAUGUAUGCUCAUUAAAGGGCUCUAGUUCAACCGGGCGUUUACGUGACUCAGUUGGACGCGAUAGUGAUGUGGAUCGUUCCGAUGAAGAUUCUAGACAUACGUUACCAGAUGAUGAUGACGAUUGGACGAGUAGUAGUCGAAAAACGAGGAAACCCAGAAAAACAAAACUCAGAGGCAAGGCAAGAACCACUCGUUCGCGACUCAAUUUAGAUAAAAUGGAAGCUGAUGAAGAUUCUCGUGGUUCAGUGGAGAGUGCAUAUGAGCUUCGAAAAUGA